AUGGCGUCUCCAGGAGUCGGUGCUGCUGCUCCUGCUAAGCUGUCGUUCGCAAAGGUUGCCGCAAUGAAGGCGCCCGCAAUCCCUACUGCUAUCGUUGACAACCAUAGAGGAGAAAGGGCAUCCGGGGAAGGAAGCACGCGACGAAGCACUGUCGUCAGAGACAGUUCCCAGCUUUCGGCUUCUCCAGGAAACCCCUCGAGUAGUCUGUCUGACGCCAAUGAGCAGUCCGUCCAAUCCAAUGGCACAAUAGGUGCCAUAGAGGGCCUGUCUCUCUUCAACAAGCGUCCGCAGCAGGCGAACGGCACGAGUAAUGGCGAAAGUGGUGAUUCGCUCGAAGACGAUCAGUCACAUCUUUCUACCUCUUCCACAAAACAGCACAGCUUUGAUACGAAGAGCGUGGCAUCCGCGACAACCUUCGCUAUGGACGAGAAAGAGAGCCUCAGGCCGGAUGACAGUGCCAGUGUAAGAGCAGUUGACGACGAAGAUGCCGGUAGCACUCUCGGCCGAAACUCGACCUUCUCCAACGAGCCUGAUGUCCUAAUGCCAUCAUUGCGCGGCGUGGUUAACCGAACAGGUGGGCAUCCUAUCACUAUCGCAUCUCGACGGUUCCAAACACUUAUCAAUCCUCCUCGCUUCGGUGAUCUCGAAGCCACUCAAGACCCUCCAGCAGACCUUGCAGACAUAUCUCGAUCCAGCCCCCCGGCGGCCACCCAGGAUGAUCCGACUGCAAGGCAGGCAUCUGUUCCGGCGCCUCCAGAUGAGCGACUCCUCGAUGCUCUUGCGUCGCCAAAGGAUCGCUUGUCAAUUCUCCAGCUCGAGGAGCGCCUCUUGGCUUUCAUCAGACAAUCUGACGUUGAAUUCAUCGAUCUACCUCCCCAGAACUCUUACGCAAGACUCUUAGCGCAUAAAUUGGCCGAUUAUUAUGGGAUGAUGCAUCACAUCAAUGAAGAUGGUACAUCGAUCCGCAUCUUCCGCGCAAUCACCAUUAGUCUACCCACAUCACUCGCAGUUCUUGCCAAGUCCAUACCUGCUGGCUCGACGCAACUUCCCGGACCCACCGCUGUCAAGAUCAUGAGGCGCGCCGGCAUGUCCUCUCGACAGAUGUCCGCUGCCGACAGCACUGCGCCUAGCUCAUCAGCGCCUUCCAAAGCCACAUCUGAUGCUGGUCAUAGUGAAGAGGGCCUAACCUCGCCAAUUGAGGGUACUCCCGGUCGUGACAAGACCAAGAAAAGCAGAGAGGAACGUGAGGCACAGUACAAGGCAGCGCGAGAGCGGAUCUUCGGAGAUUUUCAAGAGGUGUCGAUUAGCGAGAAUGUAUCCACGGGAGAGAAUUCGGCAAGUAUGUCAAGAUCAAGUUCUUCGAGUGGAAAGAAGAAGAGCCGUCGGCAGAAGACGCCCAAGGACGACAGCUUUGAAGCUCGAUCUGCUUUCGUCCCCAGCUAUGCACCUAUGACUGGCAUGAACGUACAUGGGCCAUAUCAAUCGACACAAUAUGUCGAUUCCGCAGCCCAGAACAUCUACGAACCUAAUCAGGGCUUCUUCGGUCCGCAGAUGAACUAUGGCACCACACCUACUCAAGCUCACCCCGGCUUUGAUCCUAACAUGCCUACAUCGCCCAUGGGCUAUGGGCAAGAAAGCUCGGCCGAGUGGGGUGCGAUGCAGCUUAGUGGAUUUUACGGCUAUCAGCAGAAUCAGCCUCGACCUGGCUACCCAGCAAUGAAUAACAUGGUUCAGUCGAUGGGAAACCAAUACGGGCAGUUUUCACCGGCGCCUCAGCAACAGCAAACUUGGCCAAAUACCCAGUUUCCAGUUGCUUAUCAGCCACAAAUGAACGUGGCGGGUGCCACAGGGAACUGGCAGGGCUAUCAGCCGUACAACUAUGGUCAACAGAUGCCCAAUCAGCCGUACCCGAACAGCAAUGCCGCCAUGUCUGGCGUUGCGCCCAUAUCGAACAACUUCAACCGAUCACUCUUCAACCCGCAGACGCGGUCCUUUGUGCCAAAUAACUCGUCAUCGCGCGCUGGCAGCCGCAAUAGCAGCAGGAAGAAGAAUUCCACCAGCUCUGCCGGGCAUGGACAUGGACAUGGUCGCAACAACACUGCCGUGCGCCCGUCUUCUGGUACCCAUUCCGGCGCUCUACCAUCUAGCCCAAGAGGGCAGGACUCAUUGGUGGACGCGAACGUGGACGCUACCGAAGAAUCGCUGCAAAAGAAGUACGGCACACCUGCGAAUCUGCCCAAGAAGCCGCCUCCGUCGCAGGUGCCGUCACACUUUGACCAUGCUAGCUUGAGUGCUGUACGCAAUCCCGGUGCCCCAGGCAUUAGUGGGCGAGCGAGCAGUGGUGGCGUUCCAGAAGGAACAUCUACGUCUUAG